CAUGAACGUUUGGAUGCGAUUUAGCGAGUUCUUGCAGUUCCUGACAAUGACAGUAAACCAUAAUCACUCGUUAAGCCACUUGACAGUGCCAUCUAGAGUUGGAGAAUGAAUGAGUUGGAGGACCAAGAGUACAGCUACAAAAGAGACUUAUCUGAAGGAUCUCUUGUUCCUUCACACCACACCCAUGACAGUCCUAGAAUGGCAAAUCUCAUUAGUCACGGGAUGCAUUCAGUACCGGGUUACUCCAGGAUGGAGGACGACUACACCACUUACAGGAUUCUUCCACAGCUAACAUGUGAUCCUGUGCCUCCAGUAGCCCACUUUAGUUUAGCGUCCUAUCCUGAAUACUUACUGGCUCAAUCUAGCCAUUAUCAGCAUGUACUAGGCCAACCGUACAGCUCCUGGCCAUCCCAGGAGGCUUUUCAUUAUGGCAUGUCAUCAGGAGAGAUCUGUCGAGCGGUCACCAGUAUCAGCUCUGAUGGUGCAGAUGUUUACAGUCUGGAGGGGUAUUCUACAGAUCAAGGAUUCAGACAUCACGAUAGAAAUCAGCCUCAUGCUCUUCAUGUGCCACCUCAUGACCAGAAGCACCCAGCUGAGACGUCCAAUAUUUGUCAGAUGUUACAGCCGGUGCAGAUUGUGUGUGAUGUGACCGGUGGAGGGCAGGUGGUCGUGCUGAACCAUUGCAGUCCCGAUCAGAUUCCUCACUCUCUGAUGAUGGAUCUCAACACAGUGUCUCAGCCAAAGACAUCUGAGCAGAGCUGUUCUACUGAGGACCACUCACCCACCGAAAAAGAUGCCAGACAUUCGGAGAAGAUCACGUCCACUGGACUGCCUCAGACCCACAAGACAUCUGCAGGUGUCACAUUCAACCUCGCGCCAGGACCUUACGCUUCUCAGCUUCAUCAGACGCUUUGCCCUACUCAGAUUGUAGAACUGGAAGAGGAAGGACAGAGCAAAGGACGUAGACGUGUGAAGUGGGAAAAAUCUAAGCGACCCUGCAACUGCACAAAAUCUCAGUGUCUGAAACUUUAUUGUGAAUGUUUUGCGAACGGAGAUGUCUGCAACAACUGCAAAUGCUUAAACUGCUACAAUAAUACUGAACAUAACUUGGAGAGAUCCCAGGCUAUAAAGGCCUGUCUGGACAGGAAUCCAGGGGCUUUUCGGCCUAAGAUUGGCAGUAAGAAACAGGGGAAUGUGAAGGGAUGUCACACAAAGGGCUGCAACUGCAAGCGUUCAGGCUGCCUGAAGAACUACUGCGAGUGUUAUGAGGCCAAAAUCAUGUGCACGUCCACCUGUAAGUGUGUGGGCUGCCGAAACUAUGAGGAAAGUCCUUCAAAGAAGAGCUCUGAGCGGGACAGGCCUGACUCCAGCAUCUACUACCCAACCAGGAGUCCUCUGGCGUGCAUCACGCCCGAUGUAGUGGAAGCCACAUGCGGCUGUCUCCUCGCCCAGGCUGAAGAGGCAGAGAAGGAAGGGUACACUGCGGCUCACGCUGAGAGAAUGAUUUUGGAGGAGUUCGGCCAGUGCCUAACGCAGAUUGUCCGAUCAAUAUUCAAAUCCAACAGCGUGCAAUUCAACGAGUAGCGGGGGAACAAAUGCUCAGUGUUAUGAUUGAUCCAGAUGUGAUUUGGUUACCGACAAGUGUUGUUUUUCUUUACUUCAGCAUUAA